UUUGUUCCCGCGCCAUACACGAAGAAUUGCUGCUGUGUCGCACACAUACACCGUAGAAGAAAGGCUGAGGAUGAACCAGACGGUGAUCGAAACGGUGCAAACCCUCUGCCGGAAAGGGAACCGGGACUCGGUGCUGACGGUGUUUCAAAACUUCCCGGAGCACUUCAGUUGCAUACCGUUGAAUGACAGCAACGUCGAGUCCAAGCAGGCCAUCAACGACUUGCUUCGAGAAAAUGUAAUUCUUAAUGGCGUAAAGUUUUUUUCGGGGCACGGCGAGCUGUUUCUGGAGUCGCUUCGGCAAGUGGUUGAGAUCUUGAGCAAGUCCCCAGCCUACAAGGGCCACCGGACAGGAAGCGAGAUAGUGGAGCGAGUCCUGUGCAAAGCAAGCCGAACAACUAGCGGGUCGGACUCGUACUUCACGGUGCAGCAGCUCUUUACGAACAGCGAUUACCUCCUGAAGAAACGCUCCGAACGACCGCCGGCGAUCAACGUGGAGGUAUUCUUGGUGGACAACAGCAUUCACAGCGUUGUGGCGUGCGCGAACUACUACGGCCUGUUCAGCCUCGACGAGAUCGAGGCGGAGUCACAGACCUUCGCUGUACAUACCCCGCGCGCCUGGCUCCGGCUGGACACCAUGGUGGUCGAAAAGACGGACUACCUCACCGGCCGAAACGUGCGCUACCUCCGGGUGGACACGCCUGACCUGCCCUCCUCUCAGCAGCAGAGCCAGGAACAGGGAGAGGGCGGGGCGGGCGCCGGUGGCGGCGGGGGCAUCGCCGCCGCCGUCGCNACGCCUGACCUGCCCUCCUCUCAGCAGCAGAGCCAGGAACAGGGAGAGGGCGGGGCGGGCGCCGGUGGCGGCGGGGGCACCGCCGCCGCCGUCGCAGCCGCCACUGCUGCCGGAGCGGGAUCGGGAGCAGGGGCGCGCACGCCGCCGCCGCGGGAAAACGGCGCAGUUGCGUUCGGCGGCGGCGGCGGCGGCGGCGGCGGACCCGGGGGAGGGAGAUCCGGAUUGGGCAGUAAGACCUCGUCGGGGAAUAGCGGGUGGGCGCCGGCGCCGGCUAACCUCAGCCCGAACGGGUUUUUCGGGGACAGAGCGGCGUCGGCGUCAGCGUCAGCUCCGUAGUCGUCGCCGUUUUUUCAAGGUAGGGUUAGACAGGCAGUCGCAACGGUGAGCGGUGUUGGGGGGCGUCGCUAGGGCCGGGCCGGGCAGGAGGCCCUUUCCUUUGUUGGCGUCGUCGCCAAAAGAUGUUUGGCGUGGCCAACUGGGGCGGCGACGCUUGGCUUUUUUUUUUGGCCUGGUCGUGGCACCACCUUGGUUCGGUUCGUACUCAUUUUUGGUUUUGGCAGUUGUUUUCUGGCGGAUUGGUAUGAGUUGCUGCUGCUGCUGUUGGCGUUGAGGCAUAGGGAUCGGGGGGCACCGCGGGUGGAUGGGCGGGCGCGGGCAAGGGGGGUAGCGGACCGCUGUUGAAUUUUCGGUUGUGUUUGCGGGUGCGAUUGGUUGCUGCUGCUGUUCUGCUGCGAUGUUGCUGCUGUUGUGUAACCGCUAUUUAGUUGUUGUAUGCAUAUUGUAACUGAAGUACUGUUGUUGAUUAUGGUGUCGGCUGUCCGUGAUGGGUGUCCUGCUCCCUGUCUACGGUAGUGGUGUCGACGUGAGUGCGAGUGCCGGGGGAUGCCGUGUGGUUGCUGACUUUUCUUUUUUGUUGGUUUAGAUGUGGUCUCUUAAUCGGGUGUGUUCUCUUAUUUGAGCUUGAGCGAUGAAGCUCAAGUUGUGCCUCUUCGUAUUCUCAUUCUGCGACUGGGGGUACACAUGAAGACCGUGCGCCACGAUGUAAGUGGUGUUGGGUACCUGGGAUCGAGAUUCGGUAGUUUUUUAGGGUGUGCGUCGAGGGCGUUAACCUUUUGAAGUCUGAUUACAGUAGUCUGCGCGUUGCCGCUAUCGCGGCGGAAUGGCGCGGCUCUUGCAGCCGUGCGACAUUUUCCCUCGUGAGUGGCAUGGUCGCUAUUUUACCAAGGGAGGGAACGAGGGUCACGCGAGCCUGUCUGUGACUCGGGAGCGGCGGGCGGGGUUAACCGUGUUCGCAAAAGCGAAACGAGGUAGGUGUAUCGGGUUUGUUACGUCCAGUGAUGCGUUCCCUUGUUCAUACCAUACACGUUUUUUAAAGUAUAUUCACCUUUCGUUUUUUUGUUCUUGUGUGUUUUGUCUAUUGAUGAAUACUUGUGUGCAAGCAGUAGGUAGGUACAUACAAGAAACAUCGCUUGUUACAAGUUGAAGAACAAGACGCCCUUGCAGCAAGCUGGAAUUUUGUUGUUCGGCGGGGAACCUCCUAACGUUGCUUGUGGAGAGAGGAUGGGAACUGUGCAACAGGAGGGUUGUUUGGGGGGGAACUGGGUAUCCAGGCUUGAGUUUGUUGUGCUGACUCCGACGUCAGGGCGCUUGUAUCCAUCUACCACGGUAGCAGUUUUUACUCUUGUGCAUUUUUGUUAGAAAUGAUGGUUGGCGUAGACCGUCUACGUAGCUCUGUUCAAAUUCAAGCUGAGCCAGCUGAUCAGGGUUGUAGUUUGAAGGUGGUGGUGGGGAACGUCGGGGAUUUGGGGGGUGCGUGGAAUACAGGGAACGCCACUUCUAACCAAAGUGGCACCACGAGAGGUAAGACACUGACACCGGCAUGUUUCUCUUCAUUUGUUGAAAAUACAUUUAUCAUGAUUCCUCCCGAAGGGACUCCCGAAGGGACUCCCGAAGGGACUCCCGAAGGGAGUUAGGAACUUGAUUCUCCAACGCAAAAAGGUCAGUUUUUCGACGCACCAAGCAGAAUCAAGAAGCUGCGUCGGGGUGCGUAACUAUUAACUAUUUACUCUGUAGUGUUCUAAGAGCGAGGUCCUUGGAAACGGGGCGGCUGCAACAGGCCACCUGAGAGCGUAGUAGGGGGAGGGGUUGUGUGGGGGGAGGGCGAACACCCGGGGGAGGGCGUAUGAGAAGUUUGCUCUCGUUUAGAGUAGUGCUUGUUUUUCGUCCGCGCUGGCGCGCAUCGCCUAUUGACGGUUAGUGUUUCGGUCGUGUAAUGAUACAAGAGCUCAGGGACUGGGACCGAUUCCGGCGGAGGAUGGGCGGAGCUGCUUACGUCUCUUUCUUUUUUUGUUCUCAUGGAUGUAUUACAUAGAGAUCGGAACAGUUUUUAAUGGAAGACGACAACGGAUGCGC